GGGCGGAGCGGGCCCGGCUUGGGUUGGGAGGAGAAGGAGGCGGAUUCUCGACUCGGAGCGGCAUGGAGAGCGCGUGAGGGAAGAAGGCAGGCAGGCAGGCGGGAGCCAAGGCUGCGAUGGCCACGGCGAGGGCAGGACGGGGCUCCUUCUUCCUCCUUCUCAGUGCCUUCCUCCUGGCAGUUGGGGCUCAAGCGAAGAUUAUCUUUACCAAGGAACCAUACUCCCAGGAUGCCUUACAUGGCCGUGGUGCCAUCUUGCGUUGUGAAGUAGAAGACCCAAGUGACACAGAGUUUGAAUGGCUACAGAAUGGGAUCCCUGUUCAGGACACCGAACGCCGUUUCAAAGAAGGGAGCAACCUUCAGUUUACGUCUGUCGACCGGCAGCAAGAUGGCGGGAACUUCCAAUGUGUGGCCAGGAAUGUAGUGACUGGAGAGGAAGCACGGACAGCAAAUGCAUCUUUCAACAUAAAAUGGAUUGAUACAGGUGGUGUUGUCCUGAAGAACCCAGCUAGAGUGGACGAUAUACAGAGUUCUGCUCCAGUAGUUUUGCGUUGCCACAUUGAUGGGCAUCCACGCCCAACAAGUCAGUGGUUCCGGGACGGCACUCAGGUCAUUGAUGAUCGUACUAUCUACUCAGUCAGCAACAAGGAACGGACGUUGACUCUCAAAAGCGCCAGCCCUGAUGACAAUGGCAUUUAUUACUGUUGUGCUCGAAAUGCUGUGGGCUUUGUGUGCAGCAACAACAACUUCACUCUCAACAUCAUAGAUGAGAGUUUCCCUCGCCCAGUGGUUGUUCCUGAGAAUCAGAUUGUCAAUAGGAAUGAGGAGGCCAUGUUCCAUUGCAAAUUCCAAGCUGUUCCACCUCCCACUCAGGAAUGGCUAUUUGAAGACACCCCUGUUAGUAAUCAGAGCAGGACUGUGGUGUUUUCCAAUGGCUCCAUAUUGAUCACUCAGGUGAAACGACGCAGUGCUGGGGUCUAUAAAUGUGUUGCUCGUGGACAGAGAGGGAAACCUGUUGUCUUGGAGGCAACACUGCAGUUGGCAGAAAUUGAAGAUUUCCCUCACCUUUUUGAACCAAAAACUUUCAUAGCCAACAGAGAACAGCGUGUGACAUGCGUGGCCCCUCGAGGAGUCCCUGAACCCCGUAUUUGGUGGGAGAGAAACAACGUUCAAAUCCCCACUACUGGCAGAGUACGUCAAGAAGCUGAGGACCUUGUGUUCAGUAGCAUUGUGGAGAAGGAUGGUGGCCAGUAUACGUGUCACGCAGCGAACAAAGCCGGCGAAAAAACACAGAACCUUAUCAUCACAGUAGCCACAAUGCCCAGGUGGGUGGAAAAGCCCAAGGAGAGUCGUCUGGAAGAGGGUAAACCAGGCUAUCUCCACUGUCUCAGUGAAGCGUCUCUGAAGCCGAUUGUCAGCUGGUUCCGCAAUGGCAACCCUGUUUCAGAGGAUUCCCGCUUUGAAAUUGCUGAGAAUGGGACACUCCGUAUUAACAGCGUGGAAGUGUACGAUGGAACAGUGUUCAAGUGUGUGAGCAGCACUCCAGCCGGGAGUAUUGAGGAACAAGCUCGGGUGUUUGUUCUGGAGAAGCUGAAGUUUACUCCUCCUCCUCAGCCACUGCAGUGUGUUGAAUUUGAUAAAGAGGCCACUGUAUCCUGCUCAGCCACAGGACGGGAAAAGCCUACAAUCCAGUGGAUUAAAUCUGAUGGGAGUAGCCUUCCAAAUUGGGUCCAUCACAGUGGUGGAAACCUACACUUCCAAAAAGUGACAAGGAAUGAUGCUGGAAACUAUACUUGUAUUGCUUCCAACAGUCCACAAGGAGAGAUAAGAGCAACAGUUCAGCUCACAGUAGCAGUCUUCAUUAGCUUCAAGCUGAAGCCAGAUGACACAACAGUAUACUCAGGACACACAGCUAUGUUCCAGUGCCAAGCUGAGGGUGACCCCGUGCCACACAUCCAGUGGAAAGGGAAGGACAGGAUUGUGGAGCCUGACAAAUUCUUACCCAGGAUCCAAAUUAUGUCCAAUGGCUCUCUGGUAAUAUAUGAUGUCACCACUGAGGAUUCUGGCAAAUACACCUGCAUUGCAGGCAAUAGUUGCAACAUCAAGCAUCAUGAAGCUUUUCUCCAUGUUGUGGACAAACCCAUGACAGAAGGGGAUACAUCCAACAGCCACACUCCCUAUAAAAUGAUCCAGACCAUAGGGCUGUCUGUUGGUGCUGCGGUGGCAUACAUUAUCAUUGUACUGGGCCUCAUGUUUUACUGCAAAAAGAGAAGGAAAGCCAAGAGGCUAAAGAAGCAGCCUGAGGGAGAAGAGCCAGAGAUGGAAUGCCUGAAUGGGGGCACACUGAUGCAAAACGGACAGACUACAGCUGAGAUCCAGGAAGAAGUGGCUCUGAACAAUCUUGGUAGCAGUUCCGCAGCUAGCAAGAGGCACAGUGCUGGUGAUAAGAUGCACUUCCCUCGCUCUAAUCUUCAGACAAUCACUCCUCUGGGAAAGGGGGAGUUUGGAGAAGUCUUCCUGGCCAAGGCAAAAGGCAUUGAAGACAACGAAACUGAGAUGCUUGUUCUGGUCAAGAGCCUCCAGACUAGGGAUGAACAACUGCAGCUAGAUUUCAGGCGAGAAUUUGAGAUGUUUGGUAAACUGAACCACAGCAAUGUGGUGCGACUUCUUGGUCUGUGUCGGGAAGCAGAGCCUCAUUAUAUGAUUCUGGAAUAUGUGGAUCUGGGAGACCUGAAGCAGUUCCUGAGAAUUUCCAGGUCUAAAGAUGAGAAACUCAAGCCUCAACCCAUUAGCACAAAACAGAAGGUUUCCUUCUGCUGCCAAGUGGCAUUGGGCAUGGAGCAUCUCUCCAACAACAGAUUUAUACACAAAGACCUGGCAGCUCGCAACUGCCUUGUCAGUGCACAAAGGCAGGUGAAGGUGUCAAGCCUGAGCCUCAGCAAGGAUGUUUACAACAGCGAAUACUAUCAUUACCACCAAACCUGGAUCCCCCUCCGCUGGAUGCCCCCAGAAGCUGCCUUGGAGGAUGAAUUCUCUACCAAGUCUGAUGUCUGGUCCUUUGGGGUCGUCAUGUGGGAAAUAUUCACGCUGGGGGAAAUGCCCUAUUCCAAGCUGGCAGAUGAAGAGGUGCUAGCAGGUUUACAGUCUGGGAAGAUGAAGCUUCCCCAUCCAGAGGGUUGCCCCUCCAAGCUGUAUAAGUUGAUGCAGCGCUGCUGGUCUGCCAGCCCGAAGGACCGCCCGUCUUUCAGCGAGAUCGCCAACAUGCUUGGAGAGAGCCCCUCGGAAAGCAAGGCAUGAGCAUGGAUGCUCUAGCCCCUCUUGCUGGAGCUCGGGAUUAGCUGAAACUUCGUUUUGGCAUUUUGACUGUUACAGACUCUCAAAUGGGACCUAAGAGUUGAAUCCCAAAGGGACCAUGGAUUCUUAAAGCUGACAGACAGAGGUUUUGGACACCAUCUCUCUUGAUCUGCGGCCUCUUCAUCAAGGUCCCAAUCCCCUGCGCCUGACCAGGCUGCAUUCCUCCAGGUUCUACCUCCAAAUACCCACAGGGCUAAUUCACAAUAUCCAAGAGAUGAAGGGGGUGUGGGGACCCACUACCACAGGCCAGAUUUACCAGUGGAAGACUGGGGCAAGGAUUGGGACUUCUCUGUCAUGGCACAUCUAACUUUCCCUUUUGCCCAUCCUUUUCUUCUUGAAUACUUUUCUCAACAAAGCACAGGCAGGUUCUUCUAAGGGAGACUCUUUAAUUUGGGGAGGGAGCACACGGUAAGGGGCGGGGUGGGUUUCUAUGCUUCUGCGCGGUUCACAGGGUUCAGGGUGAAGACCCUGAGAUGUCUGAAGUGAGAAAAAGGCCCUGAUGUUAUCAUUGGGAGUCUGGCGGCUUCCGUACAUACAAUUCCGCAUCCCUUUCUGUAGAUGAUGGAGCUUCCUGCUACAGUCAUCUUCCCUGUCAUCCCACAUUUGGAUCAUUUUUGAACUUACCAACCUUCUCCCAUGUCAGUGGCUUGACCCAGGAUGCUUUGGGGCAUGACCUGCCAUGGGUGGAUAGCCUCAUCUGAAAGGUGUUGGGUGUAUUCUAUCCAUGGCUAUAUCCCUGCCAUUUCCAUGGAAGUGGGCCCUUGCGCACAAUCUAGUGUUCUCCCACACUGGAAAGGAGGCCCCUUCCUUAUCUCCCACCACAUGUUGUCCUCUUUUCAAGUCCGUGAGGAACCAGUAUAUUUAUUACGCAGAACUUCUGUCUUUUUCUGUCUCCUCCUGGUCCUGUCAGUCUGUCAGGCCUUCUGGCACCUCCCAACAUAUCCAAACAUAGGAGCAACAAACACUAAGUGCCUGGCAUAUGAAGGAGAUUCUCACUCGCUUUCCUGACUAUCCAAUGCCGCCUUUUUAUAUGAUUAUUUGGGGCAAUGUUUCUUUUUCCUUUCUUACUUUUUUUUAACGUUGACACCUCUCAGCCUUAGUAAUUUUUAUAUAUAUAUAUGUUAUUACUGAAAUUGCAGCCUAGAAUCAUUUUAGUUACAGUUUGCUUGAGCGGAGGGGUAGAACAGCCAAGAGAUUUUUUUUAAGAUGAAAUAUGCUGCUUUCAAUAAAAGUUCCCUCUGUUUUUACAAAAAAAAAAAACACAAGGUAAACCUA